UUUUCCCUACUCAACAUCCCCCCCCAUGCUCGAUCAAAUGUUGAUCAUAUGCAGCUAGUUUUACUCUGCAGAGAGAAAGACUUCAAGGAAUUUGGCCAUGACAGAGUUUUUUCAGAACUCAUGACUGAUUUGAAGGUGCUGGAGGAGAAUGGGAUAACAAUGGCAGAUGAAAAUGUUGUGAAGGGAACUCUCUACUGCAUUGCUGGAGACAACCUGGGCUCUCAUUGUAUUGGGGGUUUUACGGAAAAUUUCAGUUCAUCACUGUACUUUUGUAGAUAUUGUCUGUUAACUCGAACUACAUUUCAGGGUGCUGAUCCAACAGUCUGUGGAGCUCCGCGAACACCAGACACCUACAGAUCUGCCACAGAACAGUUGAAAAGAGAGGAUGUGUCAGAAGUGCAUGGAAUAAAGUUCAGGUCUGUAUUUAAUUCUUUACAAAACUUUGAUGUUUGCACACCUGGCAUGCCGCCAUGUCUCGGUCAUGACAUCUUUGAGGGUGUCCUCUCUUACGAUCUUGCUCUUUACCUCAAGUACUUCAUAAGCACAAAAAAAUGGUUCACUUACAAAAUUCUGAACAGGCGCAUCAAGCAAUUUAAGUACACAGGAACUGAUGCUUCCUCCAAACCUUCUGAGCUGAGUCCAAAAACCUUGAAACUUAGUGGACAAGCAGUUCAAAAUUGGAACUUCUUGAGACUUUUACCUCUCAUAAUUGGUGACAAAGUGCAGGACCCACAAGAUGAUGUGUGGCAAUUAACCUUGCAGCUCAAGAACAUUGUUGACUUGGUUUGUGCUCAGCAAAUCUCCAAGGCUCAGGUCACCUAUUUGGAUGUUCUCAUCCAAGAAUAUUUAGAAACCAGAAAGGCACUGUUUCCUAGCAUCAACUUAAGACCUAAACACCACUACUUACGACAUUAUCCAGGACUGAUCCUAAAAUUUGGUCCACUCAUCAGACUGUGGACAAUGCGGUUUGAGAGCAAACAUAGUUACUUCAAAAGAUGUACCAGACAUCUUAAAAACUUCAAAAAUUUGUGUUUGACUCUUUCAGAAAGACAUCAGAUGCUCCAGGCUUUCCUUUCUGCUGGGUCAAUGAGCCCUCCAGCAUUGCAAAUGAGAGAUGGCUCGCCAUUUUACUCAGAGCUUUACAGUGAACAGGUUAAAACGGCAGUUCUACAUUUUGGCUUUACUGAAAGAAACACAAAGAUCCCACUUGAUGUCAUGUACAAUGGAAUAACUUACAGGAAGGGACAGUUUGUUGUCACCAAGUAUGAUGACUCAGUGGAGUUUGGUCAACUUCUCCUCAUUUUUGUUAAAGAUGAUUCUGUUGUUCAUUUUCUGAUGAAAAUGCAUGUUGCAGAAUUUCUUUCUUCCUACAACAUGUACUCUAUAAAAAAUGACACUGGAAGAUUAGAAUGCAGACUCAUCAGUGAACUGAUUGACUUGUGGCCAUUGUCAUCUUAUGUGAACAACGGAUACCAGAUUGUUCCACUGAAGCACAGCAUCUUGUCAGACUGAAUGCCUUAAUGCAGCUGGGCUGGAGACCAAACGUAUGUCUGUAUCUCCUCACAGAUAUGGCUGAAUCACAGUUGCUGAAGAACAUGGGGGAUGCAAUAACUGAAGUGCUUCCAGACCUUCCUGAUGAACUUGUCAAGUUGGUUGAAGAAACUUUGAAAACACUUGGUGCAACAACUAGAGAUGAUUUGAAGUAUAUCACAGAAAAUGAUUUGCUGCCUGUGUUAAAGCCCAUACAAGCAAGAAGAUUGGUGGCUUCCUGGACCCAAAAUGCCUCAAGCACCUCAACACCAAGUGCUGGACAUUCCUCUCCAUUGCGUGUCCUUUCAUCUUCACCUUCAAUCUCUUCUUCACCUGGAUCUUCCAC